UUAUUUUUUAAACAUAAAAAACUUAAAAAAAUUUAAAAAAAUAAAAAUUUUGAAAAUUAUAAUUUGUGAAAUAUUAAAGCAAAUUAUAUCAAAGUUAUGUUAGUAAACGCAAUGUUAACUAUUAAAUUAAAAACGUAAUGAAUACAAAAUUAAAGAACUCCAAAUCACGAAUGACAGUUGUCGGAAAUGGAAUACCCGCAAAUUUAAAACACCUUCAAGGACUAAGAAAUAUUUUACUUACCGCUACAAAACCCACUAAAUAUAUAGUUACAUUGAAGCCAAGAGGAGCUGAUUUAAAAAGUCAAACUUCUUCCAAAUUAGAAACUCAGAAAGUUAUUAUUAAUGCUGAAGAUCUCGUCAAGGGGAAAUCAAUGUUGGAUACAAACUUCAUUGCAAGGUCACCAAUAUUAGAAAAAAUCGAAGAAGAAUCGGAGAAUAGUGCAUCGUCUGUAGAAACUGAAAAUUAUGAUCUAAAUCUAACUCAAUCUAUAACAGAUAUUUAUCGUUUAAGAGGAGGUUGGGGUUUGGCUAACAGAAGGAGCAGCAAGAAAAACUCUCUUAAUGAAAAUGAAUCCAAUAAUGAAAGUGAUAAUGAGCUAACAACAGUAGAACCUGAACAAACUAUUAUGUCUAAAGAAGACACUGGAAUAUCCUUAACUAAGGAGUCAAGUCAGGUAGAGCCUUCUUCUAAUGCGAAUCCUAAUAGUGUAAAUGGCAAUAACAAAAUGGAAAAGAUUCUAAAGGAAAUACAAAAAGAUGUUGAUGGUAAAAUUGAGGAAACAAAAUCCAACAAUGAGUUUCAACAAACAUCAAAUAAUGAUUCUAUUAAUGGGACUAAGUUAUUGAAACCAUUACCAAAUUUUGAAGGUGAAUUUGAGCAUAAAGAAUUCAGUUUUGAAAAUAACAAUCAAACUAAUCCCACUAAAGAAUCUGAACUUAAUGCUAUAUCCCCAACAACAUUGGUAACAUCAUCCUUUGUCGAAAAUUUACUUGAAGAAAUUGUUAAAAUUCCCAAAAAAUCGACACAGCCAUCGCCAUCUCUAAAAUGUGAACUUAAAGAUCUGUUACCAAUUUGUGAAGAAACCACUACAACUCAAAGUCUCUGUGAUCUGUUAGAUAUAAAUUCAAAUGAUGCAAAAAUAGCAUCAGAGUUAUUUUGCAUAUUACCAAGCGAUGAAGAAACCUGUAAAAGAAUUUAUAAUUUAGAAAACCAAGUAGAAAUAAUUCACUUGGACCUUAAAGAACUACAAAAAGAGCUAGUGCCAUCUGAUGAUUUAGCCAAAUUUAGUAUUCUCUCAAAACGAUUUAACGAAGUUAAUGCUCUGUUAGCAGAUCUUAAAUUGAAUUGUUUAAAAUUACAAAAUAUGGAAUUGCAAAGAGGUGAGGAAAAAGAGCCGAAUAUAAAUGAGGAGUUUUCUCUACAUGAUAAUCAACCCUUAAUGGAUAUUUCAUAUAAUGACUACUCUGAAGAAUAUCUUUGCUCACGACCGUAUUUGGAAACAUGUAACUGUGGUAUAUACCAGACCUCCCAAGCGGGUUAUUAUGAAAGUGACAAAAUUAAACAUGAUCUCGUAAAUAGUCUUAAAAAACGUCCUAGUGCACAAAGACCGAAUUGUAAUAAUUUUAUGCCAGAUAUCAAGGAAUCUUCAAUGCACUACAUUCCAAACAAUAUAGAUGAUUUUGAAUAUCCUCAAACAAAUGUUCGGUGUAGCUGCUGCAAAAACUGUCAGUUGUAUACAGAAUUUAAUAGUGAAGGACAAUAUUCCUCAGCAGAUCAAACUACUAAUGAACAAUCUGGACUUCAAACUCCACUAGCCAUACCGCCAAUAAAUGAAUUUGAUAUUACUAGAACUGUCUCUCAUAACAUUGGGCUUGCUAGAAAUUUGACUUCUCAACGAGCAGCACAAGGAGCUGAUAAAUAUGUGUUUGAUGAUGGAAAUACGUCCCUAGUUAAUUCUAUGCCAUGGAAUAAAACCAACAUGACAAAACGACAAUCAAAUAAGUUUAAAACUGUUCAAGCAACUUCCCCUGUCCGAUAUUUUAAUAAUGCACGACAAUUGAAUACGAUUUCACCACUUAAGAGAGAUUCCAUCAAUAAUUACAAACGAAAGCAGCUUAAAAAAUCUUUACAUAAAGAAAAUCAUUCAGUAACGAAAUCAUAUAAUACUAAAACUAGAAAUUCUGUUGGUAGAGACAUCUCAUCGACUGCAUUAUCUUCUGCUGAUGCAAUCUCAUACUCCGAAUUGCCAAUAAUCACAAACAACCUCUGUAAAGCCAUAUGGGAAAUUAUUGGUAAUAUUGAAUGUGAAAAUAUUGUAUUAACCGUGUUUUUGGAAACGAAUAAUUUGUAUUACAUUAAUGUCUCUAUUACCCAAACGGGUCAAUGUUUGGAAUGUAUUUAUACUAAUGAAGCUGCUUUCAGAGAGGCAAAGAAGAAUAGAUUCUUUGAAAAGUUUUUAACAUUUUUUGUAUUGAAUUCAAAGAACACUUUGGAGCAAAGAAAUAAAAUUUUGGGUCAUUCGUUUGAAUUUAUUAAUACAAGCGAUUGA